GGCCCUGCUGUGAGGGACGGAGGUGAAUCUUCCAAAAUGUGGCAGCUGUUGACCACUCUCAGCUGCCUUGUGGUGCUGACCAGUGCCCGGAACAGGCCAAACUUCCCGCCCCUGUCAGACGAGCUGGUCAACUAUGUUAACAAGCGGAACACUACAUGGAAGGCUGGACACAACUUCCACAAUGUAGACCUGAGCUAUGUGAAGAGGCUGUGUGGCACCAUUCUGGGUGGGCCCAAGCUGCCCCAAAGAGUUUGGCUUGCUGAGGACCUAGUUCUGCCUGAAAGCUUCGAUGCCCGGGAACAGUGGCCAAACUGCCCGACCAUCAAGGAAAUCAGAGACCAGGGUUCCUGUGGCUCCUGCUGGGCAUUUGGGGCUGUGGAAGCCAUUUCUGACCGGAUCUGCAUUCUUACCAAUGGGAACGUCAACGUGGAGGUGUCUGCUGAGGACCUGCUUACCUGCUGUGGUUUCCAGUGUGGGGAAGGCUGCAAUGGGGGCUUUCCUUCUGGAGCUUGGAACUUCUGGACAAAAAAAGGCCUGGUUUCCGGUGGCCUCUAUGACUCCCAUGUAGGCUGCAGACCCUACUCCAUCCCUCCCUGCGAGCACCACGUGAAUGGCUCCCGGCCCCCGUGCACGGGAGAGGGGGGCAGCACCCCCAAGUGCAGUAGGAUUUGUGAGGCUGGCUACACCCCAUCCUACAAGGAAGACAAACACUUUGGAUGCAGUUCCUACAGCGUCCCCAGUAGCGAGACGGAGAUCAUGGCAGAGAUCUACAAAAACGGCCCAGUGGAAGCGGCCUUCUCCGUGUAUUCGGACUUCCUGCUGUACAAGUCAGGAGUGUACCAACAUGUCACUGGAGAAAUGAUGGGAGGCCAUGCAGUCCGCAUCCUGGGCUGGGGAGUGGAGGAUGGCACCCCCUACUGGCUGGUUGGCAACUCCUGGAACACUGACUGGGGCGACAGUGGCUUUUUUAAAAUCCUCAGAGGACAGGAUCACUGUGGAAUUGAAUCGGAAAUUGUGGCUGGACUCCCAUGCACUGAGCAGUACUGAAAAAGAAUCUAAUCUGCUGUGGACCCGUAUUGCCAGCCCUGGAGCAUUUUUCCCCCAAAUAUAGGCAGUGGGGCUGGGGAUCAGAUGAGGGAUAAGAAUAUCUUUUAUUAUUUGAGUUCAAAUAGGAUACAAGAGGUUUUAGAUAGGGCCUGAAGGACUGGAUUGGGCCAAACCUCGUGUCUACCAUGAAAGCCGUCUUCUGAGACACAUGUAAGGCCUGGCUACCUCCCAGCCUGUUCAGUGGACUGCUAUCACAAUGCACUUAGACCACGUAAGCCACCGCUGCAAGCAAAGCAAGUCCUUCUCCUGUAGACUAGUGCUGCUCUGGCUCUCGCUGCCACUGUCUCCACAUCCUUCACCUCCUUCCCCAUCCGUGCAUCACCAGGGAGCAUGACAGACCUAAAGGGUUUGUAGGUUUUCCAAAGGAAUGAAAGGUGCAGUUCCUAACAAGACAGCUUCCCACCCAUCAGCAGUAGCUUUCUAGAUUGGGAAAUAGGCUGAGGAGAGAAAUAGUGGGGCUAGCCGUUUGGAGAAAGCCACAUUCCUCCAGGGCCCCUGCAUCUAUUGAGCUUUCUCAUGUUGCUAACCCUCUGGUCUUAUCCUUAGCAUGAUUAUUUUUUAAUAGAAGUUGUAUUUUUUUUUUUUUUUUUUUUUUUUGUGCACCUCAGCUGAUCAUGUGAGUGAAAGAGUCUGAUAGUUGGAAGAGCUGUACUGGUAACUGGGUGGCUGUGAUCUGACUGACCUACCGACCUCUAAUACCACUAGUUUAGAAGAAACCAGUUUUUGCUGUUCAAAAAUCAUGGCCUCACCAUUAAUUUAACAAUAACUGCCAAUAAAAGGUUUCUCCUUCAUGUGAA